UGACUUUUUCUUAUUUUUCGCGACGUGCGUUGUGUUGAAGUGGCACGUGUCAAAGUUCUCUAGACUGACUGGGGACCGGAGCUUUACUUCAUGACAUCUAUUUUGAGCUGAUUAAGGAAUAUGCGAUUUUAAUACAGGUAUGAUAUGAUGAGAAGAUCUCUCGCUGGGCAGCAGUUAAUGCCUCUUUGCAUUGAAACAGUCCGUUCGCGCGCUGGAUGUUCAAGAAUUUUUCCUAAACACACCAACAGGUAAAACCAAGGUCGAUCUAAUUUGACCGAUUUUGUCUUUGUUGAAGAAAAUUAUUAUUAUUGUUAUUAUUAUUUUUGCACUAGGCAUCAGAAUUAUAAACACUUUUAGAAAAUAAAUCGGAUCUUAUGAUGCUUUACCGGAUUGUAUCUCUCUGCUGACUAAGUGUUACAAAUUUUUUUAAACAUGAGAGGAAAGUACAUUCUUGGUUUCGUUGUUUUGUGUAUGUUGACAUGGGCUGUUUACGUGUCAGAGAGCAGCCCCACCAAUAAACAAACCAAACCCAGACUGUAUUCCAAAAGACUAGCAAGGCUAAACAAAUCAAGACAGGGUCAGAUCAUCAAAACACGUUCUUCUGCAUGGGCCAAUGAUAGACGCCAGCAGAUGCAGGGAGAUCAAGGUAUAAACGUUACCAGGAACGUCCAAUUCAGAAAGGUCUUGGCACAAAGGAGACCAGCACAGGAUGGGUCUAGAAAUCCAAUCCAGCAGGAUGAUGGAACACCUGGAGCCAGGGCCAGAGUCUCCCGCAUGCCAAGCAGUGCCGGUUCUCCAAACUUACUGGCGUCAUUUGCAGGGAAAAACCGCCUCCUGGUUAUUUCCGCACCUCACAACUCGGAUGGUUACUUCAGAUUGAUGAUGAGUCUUCUCAAACCCGACGUUUACUGCGAAUUGGCAGAGCGGCACGUGCAACAGAUUGUCAUGUUUCACCAGGAAGGGGAAUUGGGUGGGAAAAUCAGACGCAUUACUAAUGAAGGCAAGGUGAUGGAAGAGCCAUUAGAUACAACUAUUAUACCCAGGCUAAUGAACUCUCUUAAAUUAGAGAAAGAAAAGUUUGGGAUGGUCCUUCUUAAGAAGACGCUUCAGGUUGAGGAGCGCUACCCAUACCCUGUCAGACUGGAAGCAAUGUAUGAAGUUAUUGACCAGUCGCCCAUUCGCAAAAUGGAGAAAGUCAGGCAGAAAGGCUUUGUGCAGAAGUGUAAAGGGGCUGGAGUGGAGGGACAGGUGGUUGAUGGUGUCCCCAGCACUGACUCCCAAGUGGACCCACCAGUGGAGAGGAGAAAAGAAGUGCGGAAACCCAUCCGAAGGCCGACUACAACUACUCCAACACCGACGAGACCAACGACCAUUACCACCACUACCAAAGCAGCUACCACCACACGUCCCUCAAUUACAACCCGAUCCACCACUACAACCCCGACAACAACACUGCCGACCACCACCACUCCAAGGAUGACCAGAGCUCAUACUACCCCACAAUGGAUCCCAGCCCACAAGACCACCACUGAGCCUUACUAUUACAACCGUAGGGACAGAUAUCAGACAACCUCAUCCACAGCACUUCCCAUCUACAUCAAAGCUGAUACAGCAAAAUACAGGGACAACCACACAGAUAAAAAAGUAUACAAUCACAAGCAUACCAGCAUUACACCUACGCAACACAAAACGUCUAAUGUUAGGCCUACAAAGAAAAAAAAUGGCAAUAAGGAAAUUGCAUACGAAGUGAAACCUGAUGUACGUGAGUCCACUGACGUCUAUCCUGAAGAGGAAGAAAUUUUGCCCACCAAGAAAGACAAGGGCAGGAUGGAUAAAAAGAAGAAAAAAGACAAGACGGACAAGUUGUCCAAGAAGGACAAGACAGAGAGGAGGGGAAAGGAUGGAAAGGGUGGUAAGAAAAAUGGAAAGAAAAAUUCAAAGAUCCACGAGAAAGAUGAUUAUCAGAAACCAACAAAAAGGCCACCAGCUCCGCCACCUAAAGGAACUCUGACAACAUUUUUAGACUAUUUUGAAAGCAAAAGGAGACUAAUUUGGAUCACCUCUCCAACAGAGGAGAACACCAUGUAUGUUCAGCAAAGGGAUGAAUACUUGGAACAUGUGUGUGAGAUGGCCAUCAGGAAGGUCUCCAUCAUCACCAUCUUCGGCACACUUACAAACAGCACCAUGAAAAUAGAUCAUUACCAACUUGAGAAUGACAAGCCCAUGAAAGGUCUGAAACAGGAGGAUUUGGAGAACCAGGAUCUCAUCAUAGAGCUGAGGAAAGAGGUCGGAAUGACCUUCAGUGAUUUCUACAUGGUCCUCAUAGAUCUGGACAUGAAAGCGAAGCAAUAUUAUGAAGUGCCAGUUGCGAUGAAGGUUGUAUUUGAUUAUAUCGACACGUUUUCAUCACGCAUCAGAGAGAUGGAACAACAGAAACGUGAUGGAGUGACGUGUAAAAAAGAAGACAAGCCAAGAUCAUUGGAGAACUUCAUUUCCAGGUUCCGCUGGAGACGCAGGUUGUUUGUCAUUUCUGCACCAAACGAUGAGGAAUGGGCCUAUCAGCAACAGCUCUAUGCACUGACUAGUCAGGCGUGCAACCUGGGUCUUCGCCAUGUAUCAGUACUGAAGUUGUUGGGGACAGAGCUGACAGACAUGGGAGGAGUGUUGGAGCUUUACCCCAUCAAUGGAAGUGCGACGGUCGAGCGUGAGGGCAUAUCUGCCACUCUAGUGAGGGACAUUAGAAACUACUUCCAGAUCAGCCCUGAGUACUUCUCCAUGCUGCUGGUGGGUAAAGACGGAAAUGUCAAGUCCUGGUACCCGUCCCCCAUGUGGUCAAUGGCCAUCAUCUAUGACUUGAUUGACUCUAUGCAGCUUCGCAGACAGGAAAUGGCCAUCCAGCAGUCUCUAGGCAUGCGCUGCCCAGAAGAUGAGUAUGGUGGCUAUGGCUACCACCACGGCUAUCAUGAGGGUUACCAGGAUGGCUAUCAUCAGGGGUAUGGUUAUUAGGGUUUACAUUUUCGUAAAACAGUGUCAGGGUAAGAGAUAACUGAAAACUUCCCUUUUAACUGGUUUCAUAUUUAUCAUAUAGGGCUGUUAAUUUUUAAAGAUGCAUCUCCUCUGUUAUACAUCAGUCUAAACAUUUGUAUUUGUUGGAUGUCUCUUCUAUAUGAAGUAAUCGUUUUUAGAGGUCACAACCUGCUUUUUCUUGUUGAACUGUUUUGAUAUUGUUACUCUAUUUUUAAAGAGCACUGUCGCUGUAUGUCUUAUUUAUAAACGGAUAACGUAUGCUUUAAUUUCAAUAAAAAUAUAUUGCUAUUAUGCCUUUAUUACAAACAUUGCAAGUCAACUCUGUUUUUAGAUGAACUUAUGUUCAUCUACAUACAGCCAAGAUUCAAUUUUAAGUGCUUAAAGUAUGUGAUACUUGAGAUUUUUCCUCGCUUAUUUUACUAAGGCACUGUGUUGAUACAGCCUAAACAUUUCAAAUAUCUGCUCAAGUGCUGUCAAACUAUGUAGACUUUUUCUUUGCUUUGUCUCCCUCUGCUAGUCAGUAAUAUAUUGGCAGUUGCUUAAGAAUAAAAAAAUUAAAAAAAUGGUA